CACGCGGGGGCGCAGCCUGCAGCGCGCUCGGGAGCCGGGGACCCGGGGUCUGUGACGUUAAUCUUUCAGAGCAGCGCAGAGAACGGAUCCUCUUUCCCCUCUGAACCCCGCAAUUCUGCUGCGGCCCCAUUACCAGGCGCCCCUCCAUCGCAGGCUGCACCUGGGUGCUUUGGCACCAAACCUCAUCAGUGGAGUGUGCUGGGGUUGCCCUGGCUGGAGAGGAGCAAUACUUCCAGCAGCGCCAUGCCCACGGCACCCUUGAUCUGCAGGGAGACUGUGAGCAGAGUGAGCUCCGUGCUCAACCGGGACGCCAAGCAGUUUGGGAAGAAGCACAUGUUCGACGGGAGUGAGGAGACCUGCUGGAACUCGGACCAGGGCUCCUCCCAGUGGGUGAUGCUGGAAUUUCCACAGACUGUCAAGGUUUCCCAACUCCAGAUUCAGUUCCAGGGUGGAUUUGCGAGCCAGCUGUGUACACUGGAAGGUGGCCGAAAAGGGGAAGAACUUGUGAAGAUAUCAGACUUCUACCCUGAAGACAUCAAUGCCCUGCAGAGCUUCAGGACAGAAGAAACAAUGCUGGAUAAACUGAAAAUCACCUUUGAGAACAGCACGGAUUUCUUCGGGAGAAUCGUCGUGUAUCACCUCAGCGUCCUGGGGGAAAAGCUCUAACCUGGGACAGAAAUGGCAGAACAGCAGCCCAUCACCCCGAGUGGGUUUGUUCCCCUGGUGUUUGAUCAGCAGCACUCUGCCUUCCCACCCUGUCUGAUAGGGCCCGGUGGCAUGAGCUGGCAUAUUUGCCUUGGCAGACAGCACCUCUUACGAGAGAGGAGAGAUGCCAGACUUGUUCUGCAAUCGAAAUGUAGCCACUUGGAAGUAAACCAGGAAACGCUCAGAGAGAAAACAGCCGUGGGCAUUAACAGAACAAGGCGGGGAUCCUGGCCCCCUCCCCACCCUGCUGCGGGAUCUAAAGCCCCCGGAAGCGCACCGUGGCGUUCAUGGGCUGUCCGCAUAGUGCAGACCAGUGCAUGACAAACAUGGCGUAUUCUAGUGGCUUGUCACGCGGUGAAGCUCAUGUUUAAUGGCUGAAUAAAUGCUUCCCGCCUCCCGGCCCACGCUGGAUUUGGGGCAAGCGAGUGGGUCUGUAGAGAUUAAACGAAUCACAUACUGAA